GUACGAGCAAGUAGAAGUACAAAAAAAGUAUGACGAAUCACUUUGCUUUUGUAGUUACUUCAGACUUGUAAUAGUUUUUCAUCGUUCUUACCCGACAGGAGCUCCAGCAUACAUCAACAUCCAUCGACCUACAACCUGAAGUUGGCCUGGGUGGAGAACAACAACCAAGCAGGGGGUCGCGGAACGUGGGCAAUUGAUAGCAUUUCGUGACUACAGGUGGUCGCUUGCGG